UUAGCACCCGCAGUCGCAGUACGUCGCAGUCAGUCGCAGUGGUAACACGAGCGAGAGGGUAGUUGCACGCGCUUGCCUUCGAAAGGAAAGAUCGUGGUGAGGGGGAGAGAGCGAGAAAGAGAGAGAAAGCAAGUGAGCGUGCAAGAUAAAGAGAGAAAGAAGGAACGAAAGAGAGAGCGCGGCGCCCCUUGCCUCCGUUUUCAGUGCUUCAGUCGCGCGACGACGCUCUCGGACGCUUUAGUCAGUCGGUCGGUGACGAAGCUCCCAAACGUGAUACACGCGCCGUUACGUUACGUUACGUUACGCCGUUCCGCCGAAGGGGAGAACGAGAACGAACGAAACGGAGAGAAACAGAAGAGAAGACGAACGAACGAAAUUGUAUCGGUUGAAACAGAUACACGAACAAAGAAAAAAGAAGAAAUACGAACAUCGCGACGACUUUGACGGUUAUAAGUCGUGUUCUUAAAAACACGAAUCUCUACGAACAGUUCCAACCAGUGCGAAUAUCGAGAAGGCCAUUUUCAUAGCACGGCUGUACACGCGGUGAAAAGAAAGCGCGCGAGUGAGAGACUGAUCGACGAGAAAAGGACGUGCGAUUGUGGACACGAGAUUACGACGACUAGUAGCCCACACGUUUUCAGUGUACGAACAACACUCACGUCGUGCGUUCCUCGUACAUACGCGCGCACAGAGGACUGGACGAAAAAGGAAGAAGACAGAAACGAUCACCGGCGAAGCGACGAUUUUAUUUUUGUACGGUGCAUCGUUGUUUUUCCUACAUACAUUUCCCCGUGACCGCGCACGAGAAGAGUAGACCGCUCAGUCUCUUGGUGUAGCGGCACUGUAGUUCUCGUCCUAAAUAAUCUAGUGUGUGUGGUGUGCACCCGCGCGCGCGUGUGUUUCGUUGUUUUCCGAUCGUUCGAGUUAGACUUUAUCGUGAGGAACACCUUUCUCUGUUCGAUACGGUUUAACCUUUGAUUAUCGACAAGUCAUUCUGGAACAACGUACGUAAGGAAAAGGAAAAAAAAGACACGGGCUGUGAAGAAAGACUAUUAUUAUAUCAAAGAAAAAAUAGUGAAAAUCGGUGAAUAAAGAUACUGUGAUUUACUAUCUGUGCAAAUUCGUAUUCACAUACACAUACAGUUGCGACACAGUUGCCGGUGCGACACAACGCGAUAUUUAGUCGAGCGACAUGCCGACGAGUUUGUUCAGCGAAAUGGAUCGCGGAGCUAAUGGCGGUGGAACCGCUUCCCUCGAAGACCAGAGAGCCCUACAAUUGGCAUUAGAAUUAUCUAUGCUUGGUCUCGAGGGUACUCCCGGAUGCCCGGGCACUGGUACAGGAACCGGCACCGGAACGGCCAACGAUCCGGAUCCUUUGCAAACGACACCGGCAGGCGUUUUCGAGGAAGCACGUUCUAAGAAGAGCCAGAAUAUGACCGAGUGCGUGCCGGUGCCUAGCAGCGAGCACGUGGCAGAGAUCGUCGGCCGACAAGGUUGUAAAAUCAAAGCACUCCGGGCGAAGACCAACACUUACAUCAAGACCCCGGUGCGCGGCGAGGAGCCGGUGUUCGUGGUGACCGGGCGCAAGGAGGACGUGGCCCGCGCAAAGCGCGAGAUACUUUCGGCCGCGGAGCACUUCUCGCAGAUCCGCGCCUCCCGCAAGAGCUCGUUGGGCGCCCUGUUGGGCGCGCCCCCUGGCCCACCGGCUUCGGUUCCAGGCCACGUGACGAUUCAGGUACGAGUCCCGUACAGAGUAGUCGGGCUUGUGGUAGGACCGAAGGGCGCUACCAUCAAGAGAAUCCAGCACCAGACCCACACCUACAUAGUGACGCCGAGCCGCGACAAGGAGCCGGUGUUCGAGGUGACGGGGCUACCCGAAAGCGUGGAGGCAGCGAGGCGCGAGAUCGAGGCACACAUAGCACUUAGAACCGGCACAGGAACCACCCUCGACGAUUCGGAACUGCUAAGCGUCCUCUGUCGCGGUGGCCUGGGCUCGAUCCUCGGUUGCCUCGAUCCACCAGGCUCGAACGGCUCGAACGGAUCAAGCGGAGCGUUCUCAAGCAGCGGCAGUUGCAGUAGCUCGUCAAGUAGUUCCGGCGCGCCCGGGCUGAACGAUCUCGUCGCGAUUUGGGGCGCUGGGAUGGAAAGGGACGAGGGCCUAGGGGAGUCGCCCUCCUUCGAGUCCCAAACGGCGUCCGCCUCCUCGAUCUGGUCGUUCCCAGGCGUCGCGCUACCCUCCAGGCCGUCCCCGCCGGCGUCAGCGAGCCCCACGUCACCCACGGACUCGCUGCUGGGCGGUGGACGGCGGGAGUGCGUGGUGUGCGGCGACAAGGAGGUCACCGCCGCCCUCGUGCCAUGCGGACACAAUCACUUCUGCCUGGACUGCGGCAACCAGGUCUGCGAGCGUCCCAACCCAAGCUGCCCCGUCUGCUCCAGGCCCGUGUUACAGGCGCUUCGUAUCUUCUCUUAAGCACCGGAACAGGAGCCGAAGGGACAGAUCCCCCCUCCCCCAGGCUCCAAACUGCGUCGCGGCACCUGGUACAGCGGCUCUAUUAUACCGAUUCUCACCAUCGAUCAAUCAUGAUAUAUUCGUGUCUGCUCUUCGACUUUUGGCGGCUCAUCCAGGAACGACGGCGCCGGAGAAACGCCCAUCCCGAAUUUUCCGUAUAUAAGAGAGAAAAGGAAAAAAAGAAAAGAAAAAAAAAAAGGAAAAAAAAUAA